AUUACAACCGGUUGUCAAUUAAAAAAAAGACAAUGAUAAUAGUAGAACAAGCAAGAACAUGACUAAGGUCGAUAGCUCCUCGGCAUUAUUUCUGUGUGUCGCGGUAUGAUCACUCUAAGAAGAUCCGAUUAAAACCAAACGGAAGAUCCCACAUCUCCAGCAUACCUUUCUGACUUUCUCUUAUUUUGGAAACGAAAAUGAUGGGGGAUGAAGGCUUGUGCUACACGGUCGACGAUGCUCUCUUGGCUUUGGGUUUUGGGAAUUUCCAAAUUCUUGUGCUUGCUUAUGCUGGUAUUGGCUGGGUUUCAGAAGCAAUGGAAAUGAUGCUACUCUCUUUUGUAGGACCAGCAGUACAAUCUGCAUGGAAUCUUUCCCCUCACCAAGAGAGUUUCAUAACCAGUGCUGUUUUUGCUGGCAUGCUAAUAGGGGCAUACUCAUGGGGCAUUGUUUCAGAUAAACAUGGAAGGAGGAAAGGAUUCCUUAUUACUGCAACAGUUACUGCAGCUGCUGGUUUUUUGAGUGCAUUUGCUCCUAACUACCUAUUGUUGAUUUCCCUUCGUUGUCUAGUGGGUAUUGGCUUGGGAGGGGGCCCUGUAUUAUCAUCAUGGUUUCUAGAGUUUGUUCCAGCCCCCAAUAGAGGUACCUGGAUGGUUGUCUUUUCGGCAUUUUGGACUCUUGGUACAAUUUUUGAGGCUUCACUUGCCUGGAUUGUGAUGCCGAAACUGGGUUGGAGAUGGCUACUUGCACUAUCUUCCCUACCCUCAUCAUUCCUUCUUUUGUUCUACAAGGUGACACCGGAGUCACCUAGAUACCUAUGCUUGAAAGGUAGAACAACUGAUGCAGUUAAUGUUUUGGAGAAAAUAGCAAGAUUAAAUGGUAGGGAACUGCCUUCUGGGAUCCUUGUUUCUGACAAUCAAAUUGAGCUGUAUGACACUGGUAACCCUUCAGAAGAAGGAGUGGUUUCCAAUUUAGGUGGCGUCUCAUCAGUCCUAAUGCUUAUGUCAGCAAAAUUGGCAAGUGGGCACAGUAAAUGUGUGCCGCAUAAUUUGGACAGAGGGAAGUCUCCGGAUGUUAGCUACAAAGACGUUUUUAUUGCCAGUUUUGCAGAGCUACCUGGGCUCCUGUUGUCAGCUGCUGCAGUAGAUAAACUUGGUCGGAAGCUCUCAAUGUCAACUAUGUUCUUCCUGUGUUGCAUUUUCCUUCUCCCAUUAAUGUUCCAUCAGCCUGAAGGCCUAACAACAAGCCUUUUAUUUGGUGCUCGCAUAUGCAUCACAGUGACAUUCACCGUUGUGUAUAUAUAUGCACCAGAGAUAUACCCAACUUCCGUUAGAACAACAGGAGUUGGAAUGGCAAGCUCAGUGGGCAGAAUUGGUGGAAUGAUAUGCCCUUUGGUGGCAGUGGGUUUAGUGCAUGGUUGUCAUCAAGUUCUUGCUGUCCUCCUGUUUGAGAUUGUAGCUCUUCUUUCUGGAGUUUGUGUUAUGUUCUUUCCUGUUGAGACUAUGGGCCAAGAUCUGCGUGACAGUUUGUCAAGUCUAAAUAAUAUCAACAGCACAUAACAGUAAAACAUGAAAAUAUAUAGCUAAAUUUGUUCCCUGCCCUAAUAUUCAAAUUACUAGAGGGAGGGAGGUGAUGAAUAUGCCAAGAGUUAUCGAUCUAAACAAGGGUGUAUUUUGUGAAACAAGGGUCAAUUGCUGUUCUGCUAAUAGUCCACAUGAGUAAUUUGUAUUAGUACCCUACAUCGUUCAAUGUAAAUGGAUUGUUAUCAAGUCACCAUUUAUCAUGAGAAAAAAAAUUUCAUAUUUAUUUUUAAAA